UGUAAGCAUGCACAGCGCAGGUGCCACCGAAGCCCAGGGGGCAGAGUCGACGACAUCUCCCCAGGAGAACGGGCUGCUGGAGUUACCACUUCUGGCGCCACGGAUUCACACCCGGCCUUGGUGGUUUCCUGUGCAGGAGCUGAGAAAUCCAUUGGUGUUUUCCCUGGAGGCGUGGCUGGCUGACUCCAUCUUCGGCCCAAACCAAGUCCUGGUUCCGAAGAUUGAGUGGAUGAGCCAGGCCCUGCUGAUGGUAGACACAGUUAACGCGGGGAACUUGGUCGAAAUCACAGUCUUCGGACGACCAGCUGUACAAAAUCGGGUGAAGAACGUACUCCUUAGCCUAGCGUCGAGGCACCGAGAGCAUCGUGCCCGAGCUGAAAAGAUGGAACAACUCGAGGAGUUCUUGAAGGCCCUUGCAUCAGGUCCCCAGAACCCCCAGCAUCCUGUUGCAUAAGCAUUGUCAGGAGCAUGAGAACAGUCCUGCUUCUGCUACUCAAGUUCAAGAGAAGCAAAUAUCCUUAAAUCUCUGCAUUUUUUCCUGUGUCCUGAUGGUUUAUUAUUUUGAUGUAAAUGUGAGUUUGUAAUGCCACUGAGUAAAUAAAUGAAUUUCCUUUUUUGU